CUGCGGUCCGCUCCGCGUGGACGGGCUCCGGACUGCGGCGCAGCUUCCGCCGACAUCCAACCAUGGUCGAACCGAGCCGAACCGACACCGACCGCAGACUGUGACACGCGCCGACAGAGGCGAUGGACGCGCCGGAGGACGAGUCCCUGCUGAAGAACCGAACCGAAACCGGGCCGGAGCCGAGCCGCGGGGCGGCGCGUCCCGCGUGGGCGGUGACGGCGCUGGCCACGGUGCUGAUCUUCACCACGGUGGUGGACGUGGUGGGGAACCUGCUGGUGGUGGUGUCCGUGCUGCGGAACCGAAAACUCCGGAAUGCGGGUAAUGUCUUCGUGGUCAGUCUGGCCUUCGCUGACCUGCUGGUUGCCUUCUAUCCGUAUCCUCUGGUGUUGUACGCCAUCUUCCAUGAUGGCUGGUCCUUAGGAGAGACCCAGUGUAAGGUCAGUGGUUUCCUGAUGGGCUUAAGCGUCAUCGGCUCCAUCUUCAACAUCACCGCCAUCGCCAUCAACCGUUACUGCUACAUCUGCCACAGCUUCAGCUACGACAAACUGUACAGUUAUCGCAACACGCUGCUGCUGGUGGCGCUGGUCUGGCUCCUGACUGUAGUGGCCAUUGUGCCCAACUUCUUCGUGGGCUCGCUGCGGUACGACUCUCGGAUCUACUCCUGCACGUUUGCGCAGACAGUCAGCACGUCCUACACCAUCACGGUGGUGGUCAUCCACUUCUUCGUCCCCAUCGCCGUGGUCACUUUCUGUUACCUGCGGAUCUGGAUCCUGGUCAUCCAGGUGAGACGGAAGGUCAAGUCGGAGGUACGUCCGCGCAUCAAGCCCAGUGACCUGAGGAACUUCAUCACCAUGUUUGUCGUGUUUGUGUUGUUUGCAAUCUGUUGGGCACCGCUCAACUUCAUUGGCCUCGCCGUUGCUAUCGACCCAGAGACCGUGGCACCUCGCAUCCCCGAGUGGCUGUUUGUGGUCAGCUACUUCAUGGCUUACUUCAACAGUUGCCUUAACGCCAUCAUCUACGGUCUGCUCAACCAGAACUUCCGCAGGGAGUACAAGCGCAUCAUCAUGUCGGUGUGGCAUCCUCAUCUGUUUUUCCAGGAGACGUCGCGAGGCGGCACCGAGGCCAUGAAAAGCAAACCAUCACCAGGACUCAACAACAACGAGCAAGUGAAAGGAGAGACGCUGUGACACUCCACCUCCACCUCCUCCACCAACUCUAUCUCCUCAUUUUCUUCUUCUGCGGUCACUUGUGCAGUGCCAUUGAUCAGACUUUUAUCUCUAAUGUGCCAAAGCCUCAGUUCAUUCAAAGCGACCAACAGCCAGACUUGCAUAGAAAAAGGAAA